CUCGUGAUGCAGACGACGCUGGGCGACGUGACGCUGGCGCUGUACGAUCACGACGACGCCGCGCGCGCGACGGCGGCGCACGUGCUCGAGGCGUUUGAGCUGGGACUGUACGACACGAAUCACUUCUUUCGCGUGGACGCGGGAUUCGUGGCGCAGAUCGCGGAUUGCGCGGGGGGGCGACGCGCGGCGAUGAGCGAGCGGCAGCGCGAGCUCGCGACGAGGACGGUGCGAGGAGAAUUCGACGCGUCGGUGAAACACGCGCGAGGGAAGCUGUCGAUGGCGAGGUGGAGCGAUCCGGACAGCGCGACGAGCAGCUUUAGCGUGAUGUUGGGGACGGCGCCGCACCUGGACGGGGAGUACGCGGUGUUCGGCGAGAUGGUGGAGGGCGAGGAGACUUUGCGGAAGAUCGAAGCGGUGGAAACGACGAAGAGUGGGAUAUUCGUGAUGCCGAAGGAGAGGAUUGAGAUUUUAUCGACGUAU